UGAUGAUAUCAGAUAAGUUAUCUCCAAGUUGAAACAAUACAUUGCAUUUUAUAUUACAAUAUAUAAUAUUCUCACGGACAACAUGUGAUUUAAGUCAAGUGUGGUUUGUUAUUGUGUUUAGAGAUAACACUAAUGAAAACGGUAACACGGACGUUCCUUACAAGGAAGUAAACUAUUUUACAAGAAGUACUGAUUUACAAUCCAUGGAUGUUUAUUUAAGUUAUAGCUAGGUAAAGAAUAUGGGAAAUUUUCUAUCUGGGAAUAAUCAUUCGGAAAACAGAUCUACAUUUCAUAAUGACGGACAAGCCUACAGGCCCCAAACCAGUGGGUCUACCAGAAAACCACCCUGUAGGCCACCACCACCAUCGUCUAUUAGACAACCGAAAAGAUCCGGUCAAACUGAUGACAUCAUCGAAAGUAUAGACAAUCAUCUUACAGUAUUGCAAACAAGUGUCCGUACAUUGCGCGGAAACAAUUCUGAAGAGACUCAACGUCAACUCUAUAAAAUGAUGUCUGACACUGAAAAAGAUCUGCACAAUAUAAAUCAGCAAAUACAACAUAGUAAGAAUGACGGAGAUUCAAACGAAGACGUGUUGCAAGCAGUAUUGAAACAAAACGAGAUUCUUCAACAGAAAAGCAAGAAACUAACAUCUGAGUUAUCAGACAGCAAUAAAAUAAUUCAACAACUUCAGUCGGAAAAUUCAGAGUAUACUUCACAGAUACGGUCCCUUAGAGAAGAGAAAGAAGAGUUAUUGUUGCGACUGAGCAAAAUAGCUGGCGAUAAACUGGUAGUUGAUAAUCCGGCUAUCGCGAAUUUAAACGAUCGAAAUCGACCGACGAAGCUUGGUGAACUAUACAGUGAAAUUUAUGACAAUGAAUGGACAGAUGCUUUUGAAGCUUUUCAAGCCGCCAAAUGUACCGACGAAACUGCAAUAGAAACUCUACAUUUAACUCUUAUUAACGUUUUUGAUUUUUGCAAAAGUAAAUCCGAAUGUAUGUUGUUGAAGACGGAAGAUGCUGUAAACUUCCUUUUUGAAGAAUAUAGGCUUUUACAACAAACACAUAGAGCCCCGCAUAUGUCAAUGCCAGUUAAGAGGGUUUCCAGUAUGAUGCUUCCUUCUAAGUUUAAGAAUGAUGUUAUGCUUUUCAAACGAUGGCAAGAUUAUUCGCCAAAAAGAAACAAUGCUAUCGGAAAUCAAAUGAAGAUAAAAAAGCCAGAUGAUAUUUUAGACCAUGUAAAGUUGUUGCAGAAAGGCGUAGCAGAAUCCAUGGCCCUAGUUGUCCAGGAGGCUUAUAUGACAGCAAGUUGGGUAGAUGGAAUAUUCAUCCCAGAACUGGAACCUUUUAUACGGAAAUGCUUGUUUCUGUGUUGGAUGAUGGUCAUUCAAUCUCCAGCAAUGUGUUUCCACCAGAUUGAUGGUAAUGGAUCUACCGACUUCGAUAAGAACAUGUACAAAGAAUAUACUAAAAGUGGGGAAAUGAUUAAAUUUGUUGUUUGGCCGGCGUUAUUGUUACACGAGAAAGGCGGUCUAGUGUGUAAAGGCAUUGCGCAGGGAGAAAACAUUUCUGACAUUUGUAAAGAGAAGAAGUAAUUUUGAAUCAAGACAAGAAAGUUUUGCUGUAAAAAAUAUGUGAAAUGGAAUGAAUUUAUCAUUGAUUCUACACAGACAGCAUUAACAAAUAAACACUGUGGCACUCAUCUCAAUUGGAGACUUAAUCACGACAUAUUCCCAUGAAUAAUUCAUCAUUAUUUUUCACCAUUUCUGUCUCAUCAACUUAAUAUAAUUUCGAAAAUAUAUUAUUAUGUAGUUCGUCUCACAGCUUGGAAGGUGUUCGAACUUGUGACCACCCGCUUGUAUGCGCGUAAAUAGCGAUGAACAAUGCUCUAGGCCACUGAGCCUAGUUAUGAAGGCAUAUGCGCACUCAAUUGUAAUAAAUGACAAUAACGUAUUUCCUUUUACUAUGCAUAUACAUUAGCUCUUCUACUAGUUUGUAAAAUGUUUGCGUAAAAUAUCGUCAUUUUAGCACAAUGGUAACAAUGUACUGACAAUGCCAAAAAGUAAAUAUGAUGUUACAAAACUCAAGAUUCCAAGGAUAAGUGGCUCACGUUUAUGAGAGUUUGAAUCGACUCGUCGCUAUAAAUUUAAACCAAAGGAUUGACGAUUUUGAAUAAUUGUAUGUAUGUAAGUUUGACAGAUAGCUUAUGGAAGGUUUAUGGGCACAACAAUGAUAUGCAGA